GUUGUUCAGUUAUUGAUGUCAUCCACGGCCAGGAGGAAGUCAUAUAUACGUGCCACCUUUUGAACCUCCACGGUAUUGACUUUCAUUAAACUGUAAUGAAACUACUUAUUAACGAAAUGAAGGAAUUCGAAACGGUUCCAUUGUACGAAACUCAGUCAUCUACAAAUAGCUCCGCUUGGCAAAGUCAGAAUAAAAUUUCUGGCGAAACGCUAGAAAGAGGAUUUGAAAGGUAUGAGUUUAUCGACUGUGGCACUCCACCAGAGGAAGAAGCCCCCGACGUAUUCCGCAGUUUAGAAAGAACCACUUCGCUGAAUAUAACGGAAGAACUAUGCCCCUCUACGAUCAGAACUCAUCUUUUGGAACACAUGUCAGUAGUGUCCUCUAGAUUAAACCUAUUGUUCGAUAUAGAGAAUAAGAAAACCGUUCAAGAAAAGCUCGAGGUCAUUUUCGAAAACUCUUCCAAGCAAGAGAUCAACAUAGCCUUUCUUUGGGCGGCCUUCGUGAAGCGUUGGGAUUUACUGGAAGGUUUCCUAAGAUUGGGCGCAGAUUUAAACUACCACGAACCAAAAGACGGUUUAGGUGCUCUACAUCUUGUAGCAUUUAGCGACUGCAUACCUGGAACUCAGUUUCUCAUCAGCCAAGGUUGCGACGUCAAUGCCAUUUAUAAAUGCUACGCACCCUUGCAUUGUGCUGCUUUCGGUGAUAGUUGCGAUACCGCCAUGAUACUUCUCCAUAACGGUGCCAGCGUUCAGGCUUUAACUAAUACCAGGUUCAAUUCCAAAGAAAGCGUACUGCACUGUGCCGUUCGAGCAAACUCCGUAGCUUGUAUCAGACUUUUUUCCCAUGAAGGCGGCGACGUAGGACAGGUGGAGUUUUCUGGGAUGUCACCCGUUCACUUGGCGGCUGAUUUGGGGCGAACGCAGGGUCUCAAGAUUCUGCUUGAAGUCAAAGGCGUCAAUGUAAAUGCUAAGACAAAGGAUAAAGAACAGACUGCGCUACAUUUAGCAGCAGAAAAUAGUCAUGCAGAAUGCAUAGAAGUUCUACUGGAAAAGGGAGCUAAUGCUGAUAUUAAGAAUCACAUGUCGCAAACUCCUCUGCACCUAGCAGCCAGAGCAAAAGCGCAUUUAUGCGUGGAACUGCUACUGGAAAAAGGUCGAGCAAAUCCAAAUAUUGAGGAUUGCGAUAAAAGAACUGCUCUUCACACCGCAAUAGGACGAACCUCUGUAUCUUCUGACAUAAUUGAUAUUUUGAUAAAGUAUGGAGCUCAUGUCAAUAAAAGAGAUCAAUUUGGCUACACACCUCUUCAUGUGGCUGCUCUAAAUGGACUUUCGCAGUGCGUUGAAAUGUUGAUCAACCAUGGGGCCGACGUGACGACUAAAUCUAAAUGUGGCAUCACUCCACUAGGAGUCAUGAGGCGCAAAAUACCAGCGUCUUUAGUAGCGAUAAAAAACAAAUUAGACUCCGCUAUCACUUUGUAUCAGAACUCUAAUUCUUCGAAUAACGAAGUAGAUUUGCGGCUGGAUUUUAGAUGCAUUCUGCAGCACAGUUACCCUCAAGAGAUAAGUUUUCUGAAUAGUUUUGUAGACGAAGGUCAGAAGGAGCUGUUAAUGCACCCACUCUGUUCGGCAUUUAUUUAUUUGAAAUGGCGUAAAAUUAGAAAAUAUUACAUUGCAAGAAUGUUUUUCUGCCUCAUAUUCGUGCUCAGUUUAUCUUUGUAUGUACUAACUGCCUUGGCCCGCAAUUGUUCUAUCCAUGGAAGAAAAGAAUACAUAACUGGCGAAGAUGACGUUAUGGAAUUAUGCGAAGAUAAUUCUAUGCUUGGGAAAUUGCUACGGGCGAAUCCGUUUGUUAUAAGGAUGCAGUGGUUUGUAUUAGUGGGAAUAACCGGCGUCGAAAUACUGAGGAAAAUGUAUGGAUUGUCAGGAUACAAAACUGUUAAACAAUAUUUUUCGUACCCGGAAAACAUUCUGGAGUGGUUGGUCAUAUUGAGCGUUUUUAUCACCUCCUUCAUUUAUACCGGACGAACCCACAUGUGGCAGAACCAUGUUGGAGCCUUUGCUGUACUAUUUGGUUGGACCAAUCUAAUGUUAAUGAUAGGACAACUGCCUGUAUUUGGAUCUUACGUAGCCAUGUAUACGAAAAUUCAAGCCGAAUUCGCCAAAUUGCUGUUGGCUUACUCAUGCCUACUUAUAGGUUUUGCUGUAAGCUUUUGUAUUAUGUUUCCUGAUUCCUCUACAUUUGCAAACCCCUUUAUCGCUCUAAUUUCUGCUAUUGUAAUGAUGUCAGGAGAAUUAAACCUUGAUAUUUUGGUGGACGGAGAUCCUGAGAACCCACCACUUUACCUUGAAGUCAGCGCACAGAUUACUUUUACUCUUUUUGUACUUUUCGUGACCAUUAUCUUGAUGAAUUUGUUAGUGGGUAUAGCUGUAGAUGACAUCCAAGGCUUACAAAAAACUGCUGGUUUGUCGAAACUAGUUAGACAAACCAAACUGAUAUCACACAUUGAACAGGCACUUUUCAGCGGAAACUUACCUCAAACUUUAUUGAAAUUAUUGCACUGGUCAGCUUUGGUUUCUCCAAGAGCUUAUAGAGUUAUUCUAAACGUGAAACCGCUUAACCAUCGAGAGAAGCGGUUGCCUAGGGAUAUAUUGGAAGCAGCCCACCAAAUUGCUAGAAAUAACUUGGAACGCAUGUCUAACAGUGUUACUGAGGAAAAGGGCUCUUCUGAAUGUAAUAUGAGCUUGUCACUACUGCAAAGUGACAUAGAAAAGCGAGACAGACAGUUCGAACAGUUGUCCAAAGAAAUUAAGGAACUAAAAAGUAAUUUUAACAUGUACCAAAAAAGUGUGGAACAAUUAAUAAAUACUAUUAUACAAAGUAGAGGAAAUAGUACCUGUUAAAAUCUAUAUAUAGAAAAAUAGAUAGGAUUUGUAAUACGUAAGGAUAUAUUUAAAUAUUAAAUAUUGAGCUUUAUGUCAAAUAUCUUGGUGUAUCUAUAUUUAUUCAUUUAUUUAGAAUAUAUUUUAGAGUACAUGUAAUAUAGUACAAAAAGACUGAAUUUGUAGCUAUUAUAAAUACAGUUGGAAUAUUAUUAGCUACAGUAUUAUGAUCUGAACGCGAAUUAAUUGUUGUUAAAUGAGGCAGAAUAAAGAUUUGUUUUGA